AUGGUCGGAAGCUACACCAUUUGCGCUUUGCUGAUGACAUCGAUAACACCUAGCAUCAGCCAAGCGGAACGAAUGCUGACCGAAUUCGAUGAAACAUGUGGAUGCAUCGGUCUUCAGCUGAAUCUCCAAGAGACGAUGUUCAUGCGCAACGGAUGGGUCUCGGAUGCCCCAUUCACGCUCAACGGAACGAACAUAUCCGAAUGCACCAGCUACGUUUAUCUGGGUCGGGAAAUGAACAUGAUGAACGACCCGGCUCCGUGCUCACCUCUUCAACACCACCGUACUUCCUGCUUUGACCUAUGCUUCGGAAUUCUGGACAUUUCACAAGCAGGAAGGAAGUGA